GAGGUCUAGAAUGACCGGCUUCAAAGGGAUGGAGAAAAAACCAGGCAGAUCGAGAAGAUUACAUAAACCGAAAUGAAACCCUACUCCAUCACUGCUUGUUGGAAUCGCUACACUUUCGCAUUCACCUUGCUCGGGGAUUCACCGAGAGAGAGGAUUCUGGCAGACUUUGUCAUCCCGAAAGAUAUGAUCGUCAUCGUGGAUGCGAUUGCAGGCAACUUCCACAAUCCCUUCUGGGGCCCAGACAGCCAUGCAUAUCAGCCGAGCCAGUUUGCGGGGAUGAAACCCAACAAGCUGAGGAUCCUUAAGCCUACCCUCUGAGAAAAGCUACACUCACUCAUCUGUGAUUCCAGCUCCGGUAUAAGCUACGGGCCGAGGAAGUGUCUCAGAGCUUCGGGCGUUGUUUGUCGAGGUUCGAGCCAUGAUCGAUGAGAUGGUCCUCCAUCUCCAAACCCAAUACCUGCAAUACUGCGACCCCCAAAUACCCCACCACCGCAUCGCUCUGGGCCUUGCGGCAGUGGUCGAAUGGCGGUGCUGGUCUAUUUUCUGGCCGCGAACCCCAAAGCAAUACCGAGAGGCCGUAGUGUCCCCUGAGAUCCGACAAACAGUACUGGCAAAGUCGGUCAGCCUCGUUGAGAGCCUGAAUCUAGCGCCGGAGGACAAAGGUGCGCAGAAGCUCCAGUGGCAUAUAGGCGGUCAUGCCUGUUUCCAAUCCAUCAUGCACAUCGUCUCCGAGCUGAAAACACCGGAACUGCAAGCGCCACACCACCGUGCGCUCCGUUCUCGCGCAUUGGAAGUCUUGAAAGGAACGAUGGGAACGAGAGGGCGUGAGGUCACCCCGAUGUGGAAUGUGAUCAGUCGUAUCAUCUCAAAUUGCAUAGCCAGAAAUGUGCCGCCUACCUUUCUUCCUUUAACCCCAUUCAGAGCAGUAUUUCGUACGAAUGGGGAGCUCUCUGGAACAGGCUCCUUGACAACUUCUGUUCCGGCUGAGACUGGGGCACCAAGUUUACCAGUAUCUCGAGCACCCUCCAUUGUACCCCCGUUGCCUGAUCUGUCAGAGGUGGAAAGCCUGCACAUGCAGGACCUCACCAUGGCAUUUGACUGGGGAUUCUGGAACUUUGACCCAACCGAUCCUGGCUGCUACUGAGAGUUAUAGUUCCAGUCUCUGGGGAAGGGUUUAACUCUUGUCAUGGAAAGAUCUAACGCGCUGGCUUAACGUCUCAGCUCUAGAUUGAAAGAAAAGAAGACUCGUAUAAAUGGCAUGAUGCCAGUUGAUAACAAAUUGAACCACU